UCUUCCUUCGAGCCAAACCCGUCGCAGCCGCCUUCACGUAACACUCUCGUCGCUGAUGUCGCCGCCGAUGCCGCUCCUCUGUCUACUCAAACGCCGGCGAGAUGGCAGACGAUGGAGAAUGAGGGGAAGAAUGCGGUGGUUCACGAAGAGGUUAAGAGUAUGAAUAAACUUCCUGCUAACAGCAGUUACGCCACCCAUCGUUUGCGAGUGCUCAACAAGAUUUUGCAGCUUCUAUCUGCACAGAGGACUAUCUCGGAUGAGGAACUGGAACUGCUCUUUGUUUUGGUAGUUUUCUCUUUGUUUAUAUUGGUAGUUUUCGUGUAAUGGUAUAGAUUUAUUUCUGUAAUGGUAUUGAUUGUUUAUAUUGAUAGUUUUCGUGUAAUGGUAUAGAUUUAUUUCUACAAUGGUAUUGAUUGUUUAUGGUAUAGAUUGUUUAUAUUGGUAGUUUUCGUGUAAUUGUAUAGAUUUAUUUCUGCAAUGGUAGUUUUCGUGUAAUGGUAUAGAUUUAUUUCUGCAAUGGUAUUGAUGUUUUUCAAAGUGGUAGUGUUUGUCUAAUGGAUUGGUAUUAAUUCCCCAUAUUUUAGAAAUUGUAUAGUAUUAGUCAUGAAUUUUGAGUAAGAAUCUCAAAUUGAUAGGCAGUUUUAGCUAUGAGAAAUGGUUAAAUCAUGAUUUUAAUACAAAAUAAUUUAGCACUGCCUUUUUCUGUAUAACAUUGGAUAUGAUUUCACAAUCUUUGGAAUCAAGAGUAUAAGUCGCGGGACAAUUCAAUUCACACAGUACCAUAUACUGACAUUUAAUUCGUACUAGAUCAAUUCCUUUAUUUUAAUGGAAUUCAUAAACGAGUUCUUUCUCGAGGUUUUUUUUUUUAAAUGCUGGAAAUUUAUAAAUAAACAGAUUGAUCCAUUUAGAGGAAAAUAGUAAUAAGUUAACUAUAAUUUUUCUACCUACUCUGGCUCUUAUUUUUUCGUGUUCUUUGUUUGAUUGGAACUUAUGACGAUUUUAUCAUGGAUCGAUUCGACAUCAUUCUCUUCGCAAGAAGCGAGGUUUCUCGGUUUAAUAGGAGUAGCUGAAAUUUUGUUAUUAUUCGAUCAAGCAUCUUCUUUUCGCUCAUAAGUAGUUAAUAAUAUGUCUUUAAUAUCUUUGAAGCUGUAUUGGAUUGCGAUAGUUUAAAUUGCACCCAAAAUAGUUUAAAUUUGGACGAUAAUCUCAUGAAAAUCCCAUUUUCAGCUUUGAGGAAUAGAUCCAAAUAUCAAAUCAUUAUAAAAAUAGAAAUAAAAAUCAGCCAAUAAACUCAUGGAACAGCAUAUAGACGCAAACCAACUGUAGGUAGGUUGUAUAGUUUCUCCAUCCCUUAUCGGUAUGAACAUGAGGCUAAGAACAAGUGGGGAGAAAUUGACUGACUUAAUCCAACUGCCAAAAUCACACCCCCAUUAUUCAAUGACCCGAAUUCGGACGACAUCAAUCUAAUCUCCAUCUGCUAAUUAAAGUAAACAUCAAAUCCAGAUAAUCUUACAUUCUUUCUCCGUCUUAUGUUGACCGCUGACUCGGUGGUCUGGCCCCCAACGGCCAAUUCCAUUCCAGUUCCAGCCAGGCCAGCUAGCUGCCUUUGAACUUUGAGGGCUGGGCUGGGCUGGGCUGGCUCAUGGUCUCACUGCUAAAUUGUCAAUUUUGUGUAUCCAGCGAAUCGAAAGCUGGGGGAGCCGUGUGAGUUUAUUUAUUGUUUUAACAUUACUAUUAUUAUUAUUCACAAGGUUGCUUCAUUUAUUUAUUAUGGAAUAUUAUAUUAAGUAGUCGUCGAUCCUCAUCCACAACAAGAAAGAAGAAGCAGUAGUUCCAAAGUUUCCAGUCUACCAGCUGUGUCGGUAAUUCCACAAAUCCCAAUCUCAGCCCCAUCAUCGUCAACCCACGCCAUUGGACAUUUAUUCACUUGCUCCGCGAUUUUAGGUCUCAUCCAUAAAAAAAAUGUGAUUGUAAAACUAUUAUUUUCAUUUUAAUUUAUGCAAUCCAACUCACUUUUAUUUCAUUGCUCCUACAUCAAUGUAAUUUAUUUGAAAAUUGCAUAUAUGAGAUUUAAAUGACUUUAUAAUUAUAAAAUAAAUAAAUCAAGAAAGAGAAUUUUUAUUUUUUUAUUUUUCCUAUGUGGCUUGCACCUUAAAUUUCAUUUAAUACAAACUUGCAUAUUUGCAAUUGACCACUACAUUGGUGCAAUCCCAUUUGAAAUUGCACAUUGACUGCCACGUAGGAUUUGCAAUUGAGCAAAUACCAUUGACGUGGAUACUCUAACAGUCAAACACAAGGGAUUCCAAUAAACUCCAACUGUUGGG